AUGGCUACUGCUGAGAAACCCAAGCAACAAGAGACGCCUUCGGGCCCGCCCGACGAGCAUGAAGAUGAAGAAUUCCACUCGGGAGGUGACGGCGAAGGUGAAGGCGAAGAAGACCAACAAAAACAUGACGAAGACAACGCGCCCGUGAAUGCCAAUCCAGACUCUCGACGUCAACAGCAGUCGCAGUCGCAACAGCGUCAGCGCCAACCCCCCAAACAGCCACCACGCCAGGCACAGCCAGAGCCGGACGAUGAUUAUGAUGACUACGACGACUACGAUGACUACUCGGACGAAUACGACGACGACUAUGAGGACGACUACGACGACGAGGACGACUACACGCCGCCGGGCAAGGCGAUGCAGCCGUACCAGCGCGGCAGCCAGUCGCUGACCAACAACACCAUCUCCAACGAGCCCAUCUCCAACGGCGACUUCAAGACGGUCGACCAGAAGGGCGGCAGCAGUCUCGACGAGGAAGACGGGCUGAAGCUGAAGCUGGAGCUGAAUCUGGAUAUCGAGGUGGAGCUGAAGGCGCGGAUCCACGGUGACUUGACCUUGGCUUUGCUCGUGUACACAUGUGGGCUGGGUUCUCCGACUACCGAGGACCACCAACGGUCCCUCUCCAUGUACCUCCAAGUCUACUGCGGCGUGUCCGCCCGCGAAGCGCAAUCCGCCCAGCUGGCCGACAUCACCCUCGACGACCUCCUCAUCGUCGCCAACAACACGCGCUACACUAUCCCGCUGACCCCACCGCUGGCCAGCCUCUCCGAAGCGCGCCCCCGCGUCGUCGCCAUGCACCAGCACUGUCUGCAGAAACUGGGGCUGUCGCCCGUCGUCAUCACCGAGUACCGCCCGCCCCGCGGCGCGCAGUCGUUAAUCUUCCUCACCUGUCUCGGGCUCAUGGUCGGGUUUGCGCGCCGCGCGCAUUUCGUCGAGGGGUCGUGGGUGGCCCGCACGGUGGGCGCGGAGCUGGCGCAGAAGGCGUGGACGGUGCAGCCGUGGGUGCUGUGGGGGUUGCUGGGGGCGCAUGUGCUGGAAGCGAUGUUGCUGGCGGCAACGCGGUUGCGGCCGUACGGGGUGGGAUUGUUCAGCCGGGUGUGGUGGAUGUGGAUGGCGUCGACGGUGGUGGAGGGCUUUGCGGCGUUCCAGCGGAUUGACCGCAUGGCGAAGGAGCAGGAGAAGAAGCAGCAUUAA